UAUGGCAUUUCUUCUUCGUCUGGAUCUAUCAUCUUCUGUUGGUGUUCACGAUAAAGUCAUGCCGUUUGUCAUGAAAUGCGACGAUUAGAUAAGAAUUCUACAAUAACGGCGAUGGGAAAAUUAGAGAGAUUGUUGAAGAUUAUGCGCUGCUUUAACAUAUCAGCGAUCCCCAGUGGAUGACAAAGCAAAGCGGUGCUUCACAUUUCUCAAAAUUUGUAUCUUCAAACUCUCAACAAAGAUUUAUAUAUGACAUGUGAUGUGGUCUUCUUUCUCUAGAUCAUCUCUCCGAUCCCUAAGAAAUACUUCUAUAAAUCCCCGCUUCAAUAAAUGCGCUUCAGGUUCGCGAAGACUUAUUGCUACAAUGGGAGAAAGGACCUAUGAUGAUGCUAUCAAUGCCUUGAAUACACUUCAAACACCAUACGAAGUUCUCAAGAAACGAUGGGAAGCUGGGAUCAAACUCGAUGAAGGAGCUAAUCGAGAAAUGAAACAGCAUCUGACUCGAAUUGGAUAUACCCAAGAUGAUCUCGAACGAUUGAAUAUCGUUCAUGUUGCCGGCACCAAAGGAAAAGGGUCUACGUGCGCCUAUGUUGAUUCUAUACUGAAUCGGUACAGAAAGUCACGUGAUCUACCCCAAAAGGUUGGACUUUUCACAUCACCCCAUCUCAUCGCUGUCCGGGAAAGAAUCCGAAUCAAUUCAUCACCCAUUUCAGCUCCCAUGUUUGCAAAAUACUUCUUUGAGGUAUGGGAUCGUCUGGAAGCAGCUGCGGCAUCCUCGAGCGAUCCGUUUGAGAAGCCCGUUUAUUUCAGAUACCUGAAUUUAAUGUCUUAUCACGUUUUCCUCCAAGAGGGCGUCGAUGCUGCGAUCUAUGAAGUUGGCGUUGGAGGCGAAUAUGAUUCGACGAACAUUGUGGAUCGACCUGCGGUGACGGGUAUAUCAUCGUUAGGGAUCGAUCAUGUGUUUACACUAGGAGAUACGAUUGACAAAAUUGCAUGGCAUAAAGCUGGAAUUCAGAAAACAGGAGUUCCAUCAUUUACAGUGAAUCAAAAGCCGGAGGCGAUGGAAGUAGUAGAGAAGAGAGCUGCGGAAAAGGGGGUCAAGUCUUUCAAAGUAGUCGAUCUAGAUUCAAGACUGACGACGGUGAAAAUUAAACCCGCUGCCGAUUUUCAGAGGGGGAAUGCGAGUCUUGCGAUUUCUCUGGCUGAAACGGUUUUAGAGAAAAUGGACCCCAAAUUCAGUACAUCCUCGAAUUUUCUACCCCAAGAAUUCGUAGACGCUUUGGAACAAGUGGUCUGGCGUGGAAGAUGCGAAACAAAAGUUGAUGGAAAUGUCACCUGGUAUUUGGAUGGCGCACAUACUGCAGACAGUAUCAUUGUCGCAGCAAAAUGGUUUGGUGAUGAGGUCGCAAAGGAGUAUGUUUCAUCCCAUGAUAUUGAGUUCAUGGAACUGAUCUUCUCUAGGCACGGUCCACGAGUUCUGAUUUUCAACCAACAGGGUCAUCGUGAAACGAUUGGAUUACUUGAAGGACUUCAUAGCGCAAUCCAAGGAUCCGUUAAAUUCGACCACGUCAUAUUCUGCACAACAUCCAUUCAAAAAGAAAAUGCAUCUAAGAAAGAUUUCGUUAACCUUUCCUACGACCCUAAAUCGAUAUCCGAACUCACGAUGCAAAAAGCCUUUGCUGACAAAUGGCGCUCGCUUGAUUUCAUCCUUGGAACCGAUGUACAAGUUCUUCCGAGCGUGGAAGAUGCGUUUGAAUACGUGCGAGGUUUGGCUACGGAUGGAGUACAUGCUCAAGCUCUAAUUACGGGGAGUGUGCAUUUGGUUGGUAGAGCACUGGGAAGUUUGGAAUCGGUCGAUGCACUGUAAAGAAUCGAAGGUGGUGAAACAAAAUGAAGAACUGGGCUGUACCUCAACGUGGAAAUUUAGAAGAGGAAUGCGGAGGAAGGGGAAGGGAUAACGCGAUUCACGAAUUUGUAUGAUGUGUACGAUAUUGUUCAACCAAUAUGUUAAUUUAGAAAUGUGUCAAUUG